AUGGCCACGGCCACCCUGUACCCCCCGUUCAAGUCGCUCUCUGCUGCUCUCCGCCACGUCGCAAGCACACCCUCUGCCCUUGCCGACUGGCAUGCCCACGCCUCGGCCGCCCCGCCCUCCUCGCUGCCCUCGCCGCUGUGGGAUGAAGGCAAACUAGUUUUUGUGUCUGCUCUCGCCACUGCCACUGCCGCCGCUGACCCUGCCGCUGCGCUUGCUGUCCUCAAGCUUUUGCUGCAGCUCGACGCCGAUCCCCUCGACCCGAACAUGGACUUACCGGGCUUUAUUGCUUCGCUUGAUCCCUCGCACUCGCCCUCCACUCCUCCAGAGCUCGCUCAGUGGCCGCCUUCGCUCCUUGCCCUCGUCGCAAGUCGCGUCAGCCCGGCUCUCGUGCCGCUUGUCAGGGCUCUGCUAGACGCCGGCGCCAGCCCGGACGGCGCUAUCACCGUCUACCCCGACGACGACGGCCCGCCUGCACCGUCACUUCCCAACGCGCCAACACCCCUCAUGUUUGCGCUGAGCGCAGCUCCAAGCCCCGGCUGGGACCAGACUGCCCGUCUCCUCCUUGCACGUGGCGCUUCGCCGUCUCGGUCGUUUCGGUCCAUUACUGCGCUGCACAUGCUCAUCGAGCGCUGGGCGCCGUCUGUACUGCCUGCGACCGACGACGCUGAUGCCGACGACCUUUUGGACAACGAUAGCGCUCAUGCAUACCCGGCUCCGUCGUCCAUUCCUCCCUUUGCUGACCUCGCCGCCGAGCUCCUCGCCGCCGACCGCAAUCGUACCUUUACUGCAGACUCUCGCGGUCACCUUGCCUACCAUCGCGCGCUGACCUGCCUCCCAGCACAUGACAUCGAAUCGCUCUUUGCUCCCCUCGUCGGUGAGUGGACCAUGGUACGUGGCAAGGUUAGCGACCCGCAGCCGUUUGUCCUCACUUCCCCCACUCUCGAUGGCCAGUCGCCGGUUGUCCUCCUUGCCGGCCGGCCGCCUGAGCUCUGCGGAGACCAGCUUCAGAUCCUGCUCGAUCCUUCCGGUCCUUUUAACCUCGCCUCGUGCGCAACACCGGAAGCUCUUGUUGCUGCUGUCUCGACCUCGCGUCUUGACCUUGUCGAGCUUCUCCUAGCUCACGCACCUACGUGCGCAUGUCGUGCUAGCCCUGACGCCGCACCGUACAUUCUUGCUCGCGCCGUCGCCGCUCGCUCGCUCCUCGCGCACGCCGACGAUGAUGCAGCCGGCAUCGUCGCUGCUCUCGAGACCCACUGCUCGUCAUCUGCGUGCCCCUUGCGCGGCCAGCUCUCGGCCGCCUAUGCAUGCGGCGGCUGCGGCGCCGUCUUUUACUGCUCGGAGCACUGUCAACGCUCCGACUUUGACGACGGCCAUGCCGUUGCAUGCAGCAAGCUAGCUGCCGCCAUGGCCGCCUCCCGCGCCGAGGCCACGCCUGCAUCCUGCACCCUCCAGUGAACACACACACCUCCUUU